AUGGCAUCAACAGCACAUGUGCUAAUUGCGGGAUUCGCGCUCCGAGCGGCGUUUUUCCUCUUUGGUCUCUACCAGGACAGUCACAUGACCGUCAAGUACACCGACAUUGACUAUGUGGUCUUUUCGGACGCCGCCAACUUUGUCUAUCAGGGCAAGUCGCCGUACUUGCGCGAAACAUACCGUUACACGCCGUUGCUUGCGUGGAUGCUUGUUCCUAAUGCGUGGGGCGGCAUGUGGGUGCAUUUUGGCAAGGUCUUGUUUGUCAUGUGUGACAUUUUGACUGGGGUCUUGAUAGCCCGAAACUUGCCUGGAAAAACCGUGGAAAAGCCGGCAUUUUUCAACAAAAGAGCCGUUCUCUCGGCCAUCUGGGUGCUCAAUCCCAUGGUCAUCACAAUCAGCACCCGCGGCUCGUCCGAAAGCGUCUUGACCUUUAUCAUCAUGUUGUCGGUGGAUACUCUACUCCGAGACCUGUAUACAGAGGCAGCCUUCUGGCUAGGUUUGGCCAUCCACUUCAAGAUCUAUCCGGUGAUUUACUUGCCUGCAUUCAUGUACUAUCUUGUGUUGAAGGGCCAGCCUUUUGGGCCACUCAAAAACGUUCCGGUGCUCAAGUGGCUCAAUGGCACAAAUGUGCGCUUUCUCAUUUUGACUCUUUCUUCCGUGGCCUUUUGGAACUGGAUCAUGUACUCCAUUUACGGGCCGGAGUUCUUGUACCACUCGUAUUACUACCAUCUCACACGCUUGGACCAUCGCCACAACUUCUCUGUCUACAACAUUUCGUUGUACUAUAGCUCUGCUAAAAGCAUCUUGACAUCUGGCAAUGUCGGGUGGGCUGAAGUGGCCCAGGUGUGGACAGACAACAUUGAAAAAAUAGCGUUUGUGCCUCAGCUUGUCCUCUCGGCAGUUAUUCUUCCUUUGCGCUUUGCCCAGUCCAACUUGCUGGCUUGCUUGUUCAUGCAGACUUUUGCAUUUGUCACGUUCAACAAAGUCAUGACCUCGCAGUAUUUCGUAUGGUUUUUGAUCUUCUUGCCUCAUUACUUGGCCUCGUCUCGUCUCUGCACCAAAAAACAUGCAUUACGAGGAUUGACCAUGCUUUUCUUAUGGGUGAUCAGCCAAGCAUGCUGGCUAUACUUUGCAUACAAGUUGGAGUUUUUGGGUGAGAGCACCUUUGAUUCAGGUCUCCUCUACUCCUCGAUUUUCUUUUUCCUUACAAACUGCUGGAUGCUAGGCCAAUUCAUCCAGUGGGUGUAA